AUGCCGCUAACACAGGAAAAACGUUUAGAUAGCAACUUCUCCAAUAACAAUGACCACAGCUAUCUACAUAAGAAAUUCAAAAAAAUGGCAUCUACUAUUACUGUGUUUCCCAGUAAUCUACCCAAAACAGGGGAAGUCAGGCAUAAGGAAUCGAUAGUAUCCUCAUCUGCCGGUAAUCUUUCAAUAUCAAAUGGUAGCAUCGCAGCAGCCCAUCCAGAAAUAGAGAAAAUAAAAACAAAAUCAGAAAAACAGCAUUUAGAAGUUCACACUGUGGAGAAAAAUGUACAAAUUAAUUAUAGCGAAGAAAAUAGUAGGUUAAGUAAUGUAAAUAAUAUUGUUCAAGUAACUGGUCAGACCAGUGUUACUGAUGAAUUUUCUAAUAAGACUGAGAAUCUUGAAAAUGAUUUAAUCAAAGAAGCCUAUAAUGCUGGAGUGGGUGGACGUUACAUAUGUCCCUACUGUAAAUUAUCUUGUGCCAAGCCUUCUGUUCUCCAAAAACAUAUCAGAGCUCAUACGAAUGAGAGACCAUACCCGUGUGCACCUUGUGGAUUUGCUUUUAAAACGAAAUCCAACUUAUACAAACAUCAAAGAUCAAGAACACAUGCUUUAAGAAUGCAAGGAGCUGACGUAUCUGUACCCUUAAAUGAUGACGACUUAUCGGGAGGUUCAGAAAGCGAUACGUCUAUUCCGCCUACAUCUAUGUCAGAAACCGGGUCUGACGCUUCAAUAAUACGCGCUGACAAUGUAGAAUCAAACGAUUCUUCUGAACUCAUUAUCGAUACCAACAUGCCCUCCACAAGUACUAGUUAUUCAUUAGUUGACAACAGCAAAUCAAAAACAAUUUAUAAACCUAAAUUCAGAGCAGCAUUGUAUCAAGAUGAUGAAAAAGAAAAAGUAAAAAAAUCUAUUUCACCAAAUGCUGAUUUCCUUACGGAGCAUAUCUCGAAAAUAAUAUCAGAUAAUGAAGCUAUUGUUGAUGUUAUCGAAACACCAUUACAAAAGAAAUAUGGCAAAAUUAAACAAAUAGCAGAAAGUAAACAAUUUAUGACUGAUUUAGCAGAAAUAAAAUCAGAACCAUCACCCCUCAACUUAACCAAAUCCAAUCAUGAAAGUGAUAACUCUUACAGAAAACGAUCGCAUUCUGAAAGCUUUUCACAGAGUGACCAUCAAAAACAUCCUUUGAAUCCAGAAGGCUCCAUUAUUAAAGAUCUCCUUCUUAAAACUAAAAUGAACGGCAUGGCAUCAGUAACUGGUGAAUUAAUCGAAGGGCCUUUGUUUAUUUGUCCUUUGUGUCAGAUAAUGUACAGAAGCGCCGACAAUUUGGAAACACAUAGAUUGUAUUAUUGCAAAGGGGCUAUAGGUACUAAUACUAUAUCUCAAAAAGAAGUGAAAUCUAUAGACCUGAGAACAUAUAUGUUCGAAGUAAUUCUAUAAAUGUAAGAUUACCCGAGUCAUCGUCCAAUUAUUCACGAACUACUAAUUCUACCAAGUCAUCGCCAUCUAGAAUUAAACCCGAUAAUCUUGUUAUCUUGAAGCCAGAAUCAAACGAUGUGGCUGCUCCCUUACCAUCGCCUGGGCCAUUACUUGGAAAUACUAGACUGGUUGAUACAAGAGUACCAACCGACUAUGCAAGAAAAAAUGAAAGUCUUAAAGUGAAGCCUUUAGCCAGUCCUAAAAGAAGGAUCGACAGCCGAGCUGACAACUAUAGUCCUAGGUUAAUAGAAAACAUUUCACCGAGAUCAAAUGAUCUAUAUACUCAGCCGAAGAUAAGGUGUAUUGAUGCUAAUUCUACAACUUUACGAUCGAUGGAUGAAAUGGCUCAACACAUGCGACAUAAUUCAACUUCACUUCAAAUGUUUGGAGGUGAAGUGAAAAUAGUGGAUCAUUCAGGUAGUACAACAACACUCCGGAUUGAGCCUAGUAAAAACCAGUUAUCACCUAUUUUAAUUCAACAAAAUCUGUCGCCAUCAAAACUCGCAAAUGACGUGGAAGCAAGCAGUGUUGUGGUGAGAUCUGGGUUACAUUCCGGGGGGACUAUUAUGCACAAUCCACCUACGCCUAAAGAAGCUUUGGGUACUCCACAACCACAGACACCAAGAAUUUCAAUAUCAACAGCUCCAUCUAUACCGAGUUCUAAUUUACCGAAUAUCCAUGAUAUUACACAUUUUCAGUUUCCACCUCUUAGUGCUAUAACAGCAUUUAAUCCAUUAACUUUACCUCCUCUUAGUCCGUCAUCACCGAAUGGUGCAACGACUAUAUUCCACGGUGGAAAGUUAAUACCGCAUGUGCCGGGUAUACCUGGGCCUAACACUCCAGGAGUAUUUGUUGGAAAUUCUAUUACUCAUUCUAAAAACGUAAUAAACCAAGAUAGUAACAAACUGUCAAUACAAACAAAUUUGGAAGACCCUCAUACAAGUUCCAUUGUUAAUAUUCAGUCUUCAAAAGGAACAAUAACUAAAUACGAACCGCAUCAAAUACGGAGCAGUAAAAGUCCAAAUUUAAGGCCAUCAAAAAUAGAGACUGAAGAACACAUUCAAGACCAUUGUAAUACUGAUAUGCCGCAUUACAUUUCGGCUGUUCCAAUAAUUAAAAUUAAGAAUGUUGAUGACACAAAUAUGAGUCCUAAAUCCAUUACUUCAAAUCUAGUCAAAACCAUGAUUAGACAAGAUGCAGGAGUAAAAAGAAAUUCCGAUGGUAUUCCUAGAACACCAGUUUUAAAAGAGAACAUUAACUUUCCGACACACAAACUUAAUAAGAACAGAGAAAAAAGUACUACUAAUUAUUAUAAAAACAUAGAAGUGAAGUCGGAUAAAGAAUUGAGAAAUUUUAAUUUUGAAAAUUUGAUUACAAAGGCUGAAAUAUACAACAAUCAAAUACCUAGCUCAUCAGAGGUACAGAAAAAUACAAAUGCUCAAGAAACUCCUGUAUCAGCGUACAGUGAAAGGUCUGAAACAUCUUACUUCCAGAAAAAUGUCAUAAAUAAAACUACAACAGAAGAAAGAAAACCUAAAUUUUUACGGCCUUCUACUUUACCGUUGAAACCUGGUACAUUUACACCUAAAAGACACCAUGGAAUUACACCAAAUGCAAAUACAAUGCCUCUUGUAUCACCAGAAACUCCACGACCCGCCAAAGCUUAUGGCCAACUUUACUUAAAUGGAAUGCAUAUACAUAUCUAGGAUUAAAAUGUUCGACAAAAGUAUUUUACUGCACAAUCAAUCGGCCACAGCCAACAUAUGUUCCAAAUCAGCAUUUCCUUUCAAUGUACAGCAACUGGCAGUUAUUAUCCGAGCUGACGCCAGACCCGCUGGGAUUGUCAGCAUCGUCUGCUAUGUCUCUUUAUGACUCACGUCAUCGACCGCAAGCUGUAGCUGUUGCGGUGAUUAAACAGGAUCUUGUACUGACUCAUUCAUCGCAGUGGAAAAGAAUUGUAAAAGACAGUAAACAGGCAGUACAAGUGAUUGACAUGAAAAAGGAUGAAAACAAAUUUUCAGUUUGCGAUAAUGUGACAACUCCCAAGAAAGAAGUGACCGGAGGAUUCGAAAGUAAUGAAGAGUAUACGUACGUUCGCGGUCGUGGUAGAGGACGUUACGUUUGCUCAGAAUGUGGAAUUCGUUGCAAGAAACCUUCGAUGCUUAAGAAACAUAUCCGCACCCACACUGAUGUGCGUCCUUAUACAUGCGUGCAUUGCGCUUUUAGUUUUAAGACUAAGGGCAACUUAACCAAACACAUGAAGAGUAAAGCACACUAUAAAAAGUGCUGUGAAUUAGGAAUAAAUCCAAAUGAAGGUAAUGAUAACGAAGGUGGUGAGUUAGCGCAGUGUUCCGGUGAAACCGAUGACGAUACAGAAUCUGAGGGAGAUGAAGGAAAUGAGGGUGAAACAGAAUCAAGCGAUACGGAAGCUUAUAAGUCGCGGUUACCAGAACAUGAAGCUGCACAUUGCUUAUUAUCAUUAGGAAGUUCUAGGCCGACUACUUCCGCUACUCCUGGCUUAAUAACAAGUGCUAGACCUUCAACUUAUCCAUAUACACCAGCUGGCCUAGAUAAUGUUACCACAGAGAGUAAUCCAGAAAGGUCAAGUAAUACCCAAACUUCUCCAGCUGACACAAGAUUGAGCACUGAAAACGAACCGAUGGAUCUCAGCAAAAGUGAAACAAAAACAACACAAAAUAACAUUCCUGAAAUACCAACCGCCAGAGAGUCUAGUGUUUUAGCAUCCCUAGCAUCAAAUACUGCCAAACUCCCAAAUCACCAAUCUCAAUGGACAAAUGGUGAACCAAUGCUUCAUACUUAUUUAACAGAAAGGGCAUUGCAGGAUUCUAAAAUCAAGCAGAGUCAACUUACUGGCAACUUAAGUAAAUUAAGAAAGAUUGAUAUAGAAAAAUCAACGUAUACCGACAGUUAUUGUUCAAUGGAUAGCAACAAUAAAAUUGUUACAUCCACAAAAAAUUCAUUUAUUACACCAGUUUCUUCGUCUCGUGUUAAUUACAAUGAUUCUAAAGUAUUAGAAGAAAAAGAUAAUGUUUUGAAAUCGCCCUCUAUAUUAAGAGAUGAAGUCUCAGUCAUUAGAGAGUCACCUGUGUCAACUAGUUCCGUCAAUGAAAAUAAAGGAACUCUUACACAAUCUCACAGCAACGCAGAAAAUGCAAAACACGUCGUUUCUGAAUAUUUGAAACAUGCAAGAAUAAACCAUAUUCAAACUCACGAAGAAAGUAUACAAAACCAAAAUGAUGAUUCAAACGACGACAACGUUUUGGUUAUACGAGAAGAUAAUACAAAACAAGAUGAACAAUUUUCUGAAUCGGAAUCAAUAAAACCACCAUCUUUAGACCAUGAACCUGUGGCAAGAAAAGUUGUAAUAGGUGUAGGAGGGUAGCUUUUAAAGUUACUAAGGGAAAAGAUUUUGAAAACUCAUCCUAUUCACCAGGUAGAUUAAUGGAAGAUGGCCGCAGGGUGUGUGAUUUUUGUAAUAAGACUUUCACCAAACCUUCUCAGUUAAGGCUGCAUCUUAAUAUACAUUACAUGGAAAGGCCAUUUAGGUGUAGUGUAUGUGCCGUAAGUUUCAGAACUAGAGGGCAUCUUCAAAAGCAUGAACGUUCAGGUUCACAUCACAACAAGGUGUCCAUGACGUCAACAUUUGGGGCUGCUACAUCUUUUAAUCCUAGACCAUUUCGAUGUUCUGAUUGUAAUAUAGCAUUAGAAUACACGGCCAUCUAGCGAAACAUUUGAGAAGCAAAAUGCACGUGAUGCGGUUGGAAUGUUUGUUUAAAUUACCUUUCGGUACAUUUACGGAAAUCGAACGUGCAGGUGUAAGUUUGACAGAUAUUGACACAACAGACUGUGCAAGUUCGCUUGCUAGCUUACAAUCGCUAGCAAGAAAGCUUCAUGAAAAAGAUCCAACAAAACUUGAGUAUCGGGAACCCAAUGGUGCGACGCACACUGGGUCUUCCACUGGCAGAGAGUCCUCAGACGAAGAAGAUACUGCUGCUUGCGAAAACAUGAGUGAAAGUGAAAAAGAUAUUGAAGGAAAAACUAUUGAUAGUAACGAAGGUCAAGAUAAAGACAUGAGAGUUAAUUAUAGUGCCACAGAUAUUUAG